AAGUCUCCGCAACACCACCUCCUCCUGGCGGUGCCGUUGGAUGUGCCCGCCGUGUAUUUUCCGGCCAGGAUGGCCUCCUGCAGCCGCUCGGACGUGUCGACGCGUGGCGAGAAAGCUGGCACGCUCAUGAAGGAGAGCAGCAGGCAGCUGUACGAGUUGGACGCCACCAGAGAUAGCAGGAGCCACGCCGUGAGCAGGCACCGGAAGCUCAGUGUGCGAAACUCGCUGCCCCAGUCACCUGGGGGUCGCAUUACAACACUCGAGGUGACGGACGUCCUGUACAGGUAUCAGACCCCGCGCUCCUGCGACUUGAUUACAUGGCCUCCGGGAUCGGCCAAUAAGAAAUUUUGUGUUUCUAUAACAAACAAAAGCCCGUUCAAUGCCUUGUAAACUGCUCUCGCAUUCAGUGUUGGCUCUCGGGCCUCAUUUGGCUGCACCGUCUGAA